AUGGAGUGUAAUGAUAAGGAAGAGAAUGAUGACUAUGAUGGUGCUGAAUAUGAGAAGGAGAAAAAUGAGGAUGAAGAUGGCCAAGAAGAAAAAGAGGAGGAGCACUGCCAUAUCUACAGUAGAGAGAAACUGUUUCCAUGUUCUGAGUGUGGCAAGAACUUCAGGUACAGAUCUGUCCUCACAAUCCACCAGCGCUCACACACUGGUGAGAGGCCUUUCACCUGUGCUGACUGUGGCCAGAGCUUCAGCUACAGAUCUGCCCUCACCACCCACCAGCGAACACACACUGGUGCAAAGCCCUUCACCUGUGCUGACUGUGGCAAGACCUUCAGUUGCAGCUCCAACCUCACACAGCACCUCCUCAUGCACACAGGUGAGAAGGUUUCCUGCCCUGACUGUGACAAGACCUUCAGCUGCAGCUCCACCCUCAACAACCAUCGCCGGAUCCAUACCAGAGAGAAGCUGUUCCCCUGUGCAGAGUGUGGCAAGACCUUCACCCUGAGCUACAGACUCCUCCGACACCGCCUCAUCCACAGUGGUGAGAGGCCAUACAGCUGCACUGUCUGUGGCAAGACUUUCAACAACAACUCCUCCCUCACUCUCCACUGCCGCAGGCACACUGGUGAGAAGCCCUUCACCUGCACUGCCUGUGGCAAGAGUUUCAGGCAGAAAUCCACUCUCACCCUCCACCAACGUACACACACUGGUGAGAAGCCAUACAGUUGUGGUGACUGCAGCAAGAGUUUUGCUCAGAAGUCUGCUCUUGUCACACACCGUCGUGUCCACACUGGUGAGAAGCCCUUCACCUGCAGUGACUGCAGCAAGAGUUUCACUCAGAAGUCCUCUCUCAUCACACACCAUCGUGUCCACACUGGUGAGAAACCCUACAGCUGUGCCGACUGUGGCAAGAGGUUCAACUGCAGCUCCCAUCUCACCCGGCACUGUCUCAGCCAUGCUGCUGACCAACCCACACUGGGUGCAGUCACAAAUAGCCUCACCCUGGGUCUCUUGGGGCCGGCUGCUGUCCCCGGCUCCGCUCCGCCACCGAGCCCCCUGCGCUCCCUUCGGCGCCACAUCCCCGCCCCUCGGGGCCUUCAGCCCAGCCCGUCCCGGUCCCCCCGAGCAGCUGCGGCCCCCUGCUACUCCCUGCCCACACAGCGGUCACAGAGAAGCUGCCCCAGACCUUGCCCUCUCCUAGCACAGGAGCCCGCCCCGACCCAGCGCGCCGCGGCAGAGCCCACGGAGCCUGCGCGCCCCCAGCCGCUCCCCCAGCGCUGGAACAGAGCCCUCCAGACCCUGCGCUCUGAUUGGCUGUCGCUGCUCAGUUGCGGGCGGGACUUCCUCUCCGGGCCGAGCUCCGCUGCCGCUGGGCCGCGCCGCACGGAGGGGCCGGCUCCGGCCCGGGGCUGCUCUCUCAGCGCUCUCUGCUCGCUCAGGCCGCCGGAGCCCGCGGGGCUGGCAGCGUCCUGUGCGCUGAGCUCUGCCUCGGCCUCCUGCUCUGCGCCCCCUCUGUCUGCCACGUUGGGUAAGGGAACUUCUGGGGCUGAGGGGCGCAGCCGGGGGCUGGGAUUGCGAUCCCCGGGGCCUGUGGGGCUGCUGGAGGCGUCUGUGGAGCUGCGGGUCGGGAGGUGUCGGGGGUCGGUGGGGCCCUCUUGGCCCUGCCUGCCGCAGCCGCUUGCGGCGCUGCUGAGGCCGCUGUGGGCGCAGGCCCUGCGGGGCGCCUCCAGCCAGGCCUUGGGCAGCAGGCGGCAGGGGCCAGGCAGGCCCCGGCGCUAUAUGGAGGGCAGCAAGCGGGCCCCGGGCAGGCUGCCAGAGCCUUGCAUGGCUUUGGCUCUGAAACCUGGACAGCUUGAGGAGAAGAAGCCCUUUGGCAAUCUGCUGUGUUAUUGGCAGGAUGUCAUGCAGUCUCAGCAGGAUGUCGCACUGACCACACAGGCUGAUGGUGUGCAGGCAUGCAGUCUGCUCCUGGGCACAGCAGUGACCUCUUCUCCCACCAGCAUGGCCUCACAGAAAGACCCAGAAAGGAGCUGGGAAGAGAAGCAGCAGCCAGAGAACAAGUUGGAGCAGCCAAAGUGCAGUCCCAAGAAAGAGGAUGAAGAGGACAGCAUGGAGGAUGAUGAUGAUGAGGAGAAUGAUGACUAUGAUGAUGCUGACUAUGAGGAAGAGGAAAAUGAUGAUGAUGAAGGCAAUGAGGAUGAAGACAACCAAAAUGAUGAAAAGGAGGAGGGGCACCACCAUACCCGCACUGGAGAGAAGCUGUUCCUCUGUUCUGAGUGUGGCAAGAACUUCAGGUACAGAUCUGUCCUCACAAUCCACCAGCGCUCACACACUGGUGAGAGGCCUUUCACCUGUGCUGACUGUGGCCAGAGCUUCAGCUACAGAUCUGCCCUCACCACCCACCAGCGAACACACACUGGUGCAAAGCCCUUCACCUGUGCUGACUGUGGCAAGACCUUCAGUUGCAGCUCCAACCUCACACAGCACCUCCUCAUGCACACAGGUGAGAAGGUUUCCUGCCCUGACUGUGACAAGACCUUCAGCUGCAGCUCCACCCUCAACAACCAUCGCCGGAUCCAUACCAGAGAGAAGCUGUUCCCCUGUGCAGAGUGUGGCAAGACCUUCACCCUGAGCUACAGACUCCUCCGACACCGCCUCAUCCACAGUGGUGAGAGGCCAUACAGCUGCACUGUCUGUGGCAAGACUUUCAACAACAACUCCUCCCUCACUCUCCACUGCCGCAGGCACACUGGUGAGAAGCCCUUCACCUGCACUGCCUGUGGCAAGAGUUUCAGGCAGAAAUCCACUCUCACCCUCCACCAACGUACACACACUGGUGAGAAGCCAUACAGUUGUGGUGACUGCAGCAAGAGUUUUGCUCAGAAGUCUGCUCUUGUCACACACCGUCGUGUCCACACUGGUGAGAAGCCCUUCACCUGCAGUGACUGCAGCAAGAGUUUCACUCAGAAGUCCUCUCUCAUCACACACCGUCGUGUCCACACUGGUGAGAAACCCUACAGCUGUGCCGACUGUGGCAAGAGGUUCAACUGCAGCUCCCAUCUCACCCGGCACUGUCUCAGCCAUGCUGCUGACCAGCCCACACUGGGUGCAGUCACAAAUAGCCUCACCCUGGGUCUCUUGGGGUAAUUGGGACCACCCCAAGAGGGCCUUUCCAGCAGAUGGAACCAAAGUCUCCUCUUUUUGACCUGCAUUUCUCAGGGGCUGGGGUCUCCAGCAGAAACAAACAACCCCUGCCCUUCUAAACACCAGUCAGUGGUGAUGAGAAUAAUUGAGGUGAUGAGUCAGCACAGCUGGUGCUGCCACUGGAGCUGUGCUGAGCUUUGCCAGGUUUUAUCUGGUUCUCCCCCAGUGCUUUGGGUCUCCCUGGUCAAACCCAAAACUCCUGUCCAUUGCCUAUGUGCCAGUAAUAACCCAAAGUUACCAUGCUCCUGUGUUUUUCACUUUUAGUUGGGACACUCCUUCCCACAACAGCCAAAUGUUGGGGAUAUUUGUUCCCUAAGAAUGGGGCUGGAGCUGUGCGCUCAGUUCAGAAAGGUCAAAGCAAGGCUGUUAGAGGAGUCUUGAGUGCACCUUGGGAGGGUCUCAGGGGCAUCUUAGAAGGUUCUUUGGGUGUCAGGGGAUCUCGCGUGUUUUGACAUCUGGGGGUUCUAGGAUUGACACUGGAGGGUCAUUGCGGGGGUGAGGCUGAAUCUCAGAGAGAGGUCUUUCGAAGAACUCAGAAAGCUUUUGUCAGCUUCCCACUAGGGGGCUCUGAGGCUUUUGAGCAGGCCUGGCAGCUUCUAAAGGGCUACCCACUAGCUCAGCAGUGUUCCUGCUGGAUUCCUGCAGGCCUGAGGCUUUCCUCAGUCUUUCCAUGCAUCCAGAAGUGGGGAGAGAUCUUUUUGAGUGUUUAGAAAUUUUUAGGAGCUUUAAGAGUCUUUAAAUAUGAGAUUGAUGAAUUCUUGCCACGAUGAAGGGACAGGGCAACGAUUUGAUGCAAGCCAAAAUUCCUCUUUAUUAGAAAAAUAGGCAGGAAUAUAUUCUCUCAGAAGGGCUUACCUGUUAGUCACUGAUUGGUUAAAAUUACUGUAAGAAAGAUAGUAACUACUACAUGAUUGGCUAACAUACUCUGCUCAGGCAAAAGAUGCUGUUUCUGCUUUCUUUGUUAUUUAUCCUGCUCCUUGGUAUAUGUUGCUAUGCAACUAUCUGAGCAGUCCUGACCACAGGAUCCUGUUUAUCUUUCUCUUCUGGGGUCUGUCUGACCCACACAUUCCAUGCCCGAGGUCUAUGCUCUAUUUGUUUCAUCUUGAGCAACUGUUCCUUUCUAACAGACCAUUCCCCUAUUCCUGCAUCUCCCCCAUUUUGUUGUACAAAGAAGAUCCUAAACAGUAGCACAGCCAAUCAUUCAUUAAAUACAUUGCAAAAUACAUAGUAACAAUAUGAGUAGCAGGAAUAUUAUAAACAAUACAUAACAAAGCAUUUUUACAAUACUACAAAUCAAUCCAGUAACUCCCCACCCCACCAAAAGUUUAUAGAAAAUGUAUUCUAGGAGUGGCCAUAACUAAACAAAGCAAUUCUAACCCAGUGACAUUAACUAAUCCAAACAUUAGUUUUUGAAAACUUAAAGCAACUAACACCUAACCCAACACCCCAUAUUUCCAAGAUCACAAUAACUGCAGCUUUCAUCCUGGAGUCAAGGCCAUUGCGUUGUCCUUGUUUGUCUGAUCUUCUUUUUGGAUUGAUCCUUUGUAAGGAUGAACAUAUUUUGCUGGUAUCCACCAAGGACCUGACUCUGUGGAGACACAAGCAUAUCCUUUUCCUCAUGUUAUUAAAGUGUCUAGGGUUCUAAUUUAAAUUCCCAGAGACUCUAAUAAAUUGCAUAGAACCAAUAACAA